AUGGGAGACGCACCAGAAAAGAAAAGAAGGAAACUUACGACAGCUCUAAAAGAAGCGAUCGGAGCGCACGCUCAGAAAUCCGAGGAGAAUAUCGAAAAACCGUUGGCUCUGGCCCUUAUUAGUGAGUAUUUUCAACCUGAUCUCAAUAAAGACCUCAUCUAGGUGAUGACAAAUCGGCGCAAGAUUUGCUGAACAAAAUUCAAGCGAGCCGUCGCCCGCAAGCUGUUCUUGAGGCUACUUUGAUAAUUUGCAAAGAAAAGGUAAACAGUCUACAAAUAACACGCGUAAAAUACAAAAUGGUCAUUUCAGAAAGCAGAAGCCCAUGUUGAAGAAGCCUUCCUAUCCAUUUUCCGGAAGCACUUUUCAGUUCUAGGAAUAGAUUCUGCUAUGUCCUGCUGGAAACUGCUCGAGGACCAUCUCAACAAGUCGGAUUCUUUGUGAGUAUUUACUCGACAUAAUCAAUAAUUCGAGAAUCUGUUUUUAGAAAUGAGAUCUUGAUUUCUUGCGAAUUCAUCGGCAAUGCGAAUCUUCUUGGGCACGGAUUCGGGAAGCUUCUCCAAACUAUCAAGGCCGGUCUCCCCGCAAUCAUUCGUAACGUCUGGAAUCAGGACCGAAAAGGUAUCAAAUUAAAAGCGGAUGGCAUCGUAAAAACUGUAAUUUUAAAGCGGAUUCUCUUCAUCUUGCCUACUCGCUCGUUUGCCUUAUUCUUGCCGAAAAUGUCUACGGAGACGACCAGUCAAAAUCUCAAUCUCCGGCUACAUUCUGGAAUGAAAAUGUGCUCACUGAGAAGUCGAUGAAGAAAAACCUUGGAAUGCGAAUGAUCAGUGCACUGGCAGGAAAUGAAGAACGGCUGGGUUCUCUCGCGACUUCCACAGAAAUCAGCGGAGAAAAGCUCGAAUUUCUUUCUAAAGUUUUCCUGAAUCAUUUUGAAUUCUUCGCGGCAAGCCUUCAUAAAUCGGCCUCCAUUCAGUUCCUCGUUACGAGCAUCGAUUCACAUUUGGCAAAGAAUGAGGUCAGCUUGAGAAACGAACAGUAUGACAUACAAAUAUCUUGAUUCCAGCUGAGACUCCUUGCCAUUCGUCUUGAAUCUGCAGAAGCUUCGGUGACUUCAAAUCUCUACUACGCACUCAUUUCCGUGUUGCGAACCAAUUUCGAGCUGUCCGAAUCGAAUAUAAUUUCAAUUGAAGAGUUGGAGACCUUGAAGUGAGUGCCAUUAUUUUUCUUGUAGACACAAAUCAUGUUAAGGUUGAAAGAAGUCGCCAAAUUUCUUCCAUCAGUCUGCGAGAUCACCCCAAGUUCUCAAAAAACGUUAUCCUCAUCGAAAAAAGUGAAAAAACUAAACGACCUUCUUGAUUUCAUCCGAAGAUUAAUCGGUGAAUCGGAAAACAACAGAGAUGCGGCUGCUUUCUCGGUUUGAAUCAUUCGAGUUUUUCAUAAACAAAAAGAUUUUUAGUUGCUCGUUGUCAAUAUUUCCGUGCUUUUCGAAACACCUGAUGAGCUAUGCGAACAGAUUUUGAAACAAGCUCCGAAAGAAGUUAUCGGAAAGCUGGUUAAAGCAGGAAAAGGAACAGAUGGAAAAGGAAUCGGAGUACUGAAAAGAGUGAAAAAGUCAAUUGAAGAGGAGAACGCGCAGAGCAAGUUUGUGAACCGAUCCGCAGCCGAAGUGAGGAAAAGGUUUUCAGAAGGCUCAUAUGAAAAGGUUUGCAGGUUGUCGACGGGCUGGCAGUUGCGGAGAUAUCGGUAGCCGAUGCGAUUAAGCUCAUUCAGGGAGUCCACACUGCCGAAAUCAGAAAAGAAGUGUUUGAUUCCAUUGUCAAAUUUGUUGAAGAUAUUCCGGGAGGAGAGAGUUUGGAUGAGAUCAGACUGUUCAAAUUGAUCAUUGAGGUAUUCAGAGCCCCCGAUUCACAUAAAUUCCGUGUAUUUCAUUUCCAGAUGUACGGAGGCGGGCCGCUUGAAUCUCUGGCUCUUCAAGUGAUCCUCUCGCGUGUGGCCACCGACGGAUGGACUGAAAUGGAUCGGACACCUGGAACGGAUCAAUCCGAAGAAUCCUGGUUCCGAGUGCUCGUUCAGAUGAUCGACCUGCUUGAGACGACUAUCAAAUCUGCGAAAAACUCUGUUCUCAAAUCAUUCACGGCCCUUUUCUGUCAGCUUUUCAGUCAAGUUCUGAAGAAUACACAGAAGUUUGCGAGGCACAGUGCGACCGCAGUCUCGUCGCAGACAUUGUCCCCGGAAGCGACAACUCGAUGUGUGCUCCGGAGACACAAAUUGAUUCAGGACGUGGCACGGCUCGUCGACGCAAUGAAACGCAACGAAUCAUACUUUGCCAUGCUGACGGCCUCGAUCAUCGGAGACGCGGUCUUCUACGGAUCCGACAGUCUGCUCGCCAUGUCAAAAUUGCAUUCACUGGCUGAUAGGAACGCCUCCGGCUUGCUGGCAACCAAUUUGCCCGUCGUUGAGCGUACCCGAUACAAGAAGUUCCUCUCAACGAUUACACGCGCAUCUAAAAGAGUCUAUUAG